UGGAUUCUUUUAUUUACUUUAAUCCAAUUGAUUCUACUUUACAAUUCAUUAUAUUGGUGAAGCAGAGUAAGCACCAAACGCCCUAUAAAUCAUUGGAAAGGGAAGCUUCAUAUCUCUCACGGUAUUAUUAUCUCCCUUAAGUUUCCAAGCUUUAAACAGUUAUUCUCUUUUGCUUCCAAUAUAAUGGCAGAACCAAUUCUCUCCGGCCUUACAGAAGGAAUCAUAGGCCAAUUGACCAAAGCUGCAGUGAAAGAGAUUGCCUUGUUGUGGGGUGUUGAAGAUGAGCUUGACCAGCUUGAAGACACCAUUAAAACUAUCAAAAGUGUACUUGCUGAUGCAGAAAAGAAACAAGUGCAUAGCGAACAAAUCAAAAUAUGGCUCGAGAAGCUUGAAGAUGCUGUCUAUGAAGCUGAUGACUUGGUGGAUGAGUUCUCUACCGAAGCUUUGCAACAACAGGUGAUGACUGGGAAUAUAAUGGCCAAGCAGGUACGAACUUUCUUCUCAACAAAUAACCAGUUAGCUUUUCGACACAGGAUGGGUAAAAAAAUAAGAGAUCUUACAAAGAAAUUAGAUAAGACUGCAAAAAAUCGGCAUGACUUCAGCUUAGAUGUAGAUGUUCAAGACAUUCACAUAAUGACUCCCACUGUUAGGGAAGAAGAUGUUGUUGGAAGAGAUGAUGACAAAAUGAAAAUCAUAAAACUUUUGUUUGAAAUGGAAACUGAGAAAAAUAUAGGUAUAAUUCCUAUAGUUGGUGUUGGAGGCCUAGGAAAAACAACACUAGCGCAAAAAGUUUUCAAAGAUGCAAAGGUUAACGAGCAUUUUGAGCCCAUAAUGUGGGUAGAUGUACCUAAGGAUUUUCACGUGGAGUCAAUUGUCAAGGAAAUUAUUAAACCUGGAGUAAAAGAUGAGAGAAAAAUGAGUCAUUUGCAAAAUGACCUUGAAGACAAAAUAAAAGGAAAGCGAUACCUCCUUGUCCUUGAUGAUGUAUGGGUUGAAAAUCGAGGAAAAUGGUUGCAGUUGGAAGAAUUGUUAAGGGGUGGUGCUAGUGGAAGUAGAAUAAUAGUAACCGCGCGCAAUAAAAUGAUUGCACAGUUUAUUAAUGGCUCGGAGGGAUUAGUUCAUCUUUUAGGGACCUUAGAUAAGGAUGUGUCAUGGUCUUUGUUUGAAAAAUUGGCUUUUAAGCAAGGGCAGGAACCAAACGAUGGCAACCUUGUGGAAAUUGGAAAGGAGAUUGCGAGCAAAUGUGGAGGAAUUCCUUUAGUUAUAAGAACAAUUGCAACCAUGUUAUUUUCUAUAAAACAUGAAGAGUGGUCAUCUUUCAAAGAAAAGGAACUAUUAACAAUACAUGAUUAUCAAAACGAUGUAUUACGCACACUUAAGUUGAGUUAUGAUUAUCUCCCAUCGCAUUUGAAACAUUGUUUUGGCUAUUGUAGUUUGUUUCCUAAAAAUCAUGUUUUCGAUGUGGAAAUGCUAAUAAAUCUUUGGAUGGCUCAAGGAUUUAUUAAGUUAUCAAAUGAUCAUAAUCAGUGUUUGGAGGACAUGGGUUAUCAACAUUUUAAAGAUUUACUUUAUAGAUCAUUUUUUGAAGUAGUUGAAAUUGAUGAUGAUUCUUCGAAGGUAACAAAAUGUAAGAUGCAUGAUUGUAUGCAUGACCUUGCAACAUCAGUGAUAGGAACGAAAGGUCUCAUAUUAAGUCCGAAAGAUGAAAAAAUUGAUAAAAGCACUCGUCAUGUAUCAUUUUGUUUUACUUUGGAGCCACUGCAAGUUCAAGCUUUAUUGGUGAAUGCAGAAAAGAUUCGAACAGUUUUUUACAGUGGAUAUUAUGGAACAAGGACGUUGGAGAAAUCAAUUCUAAAAUGCAAGUUUCUACGCACUUUGGAUCUUCAUUGUUCAUAUCUUGAGAUAAUACCUGAUUCAAUUGGUAAGCUAAAGCAUCUCAGGUAUCUUGACCUGUCAAAAAAUAAGAUGAAGGCAUUGCCCAAUUCUAUUACAAGGUUGCAAAAUUUGCAGACACUAAAUUUGUCCUAUUGUGAGGAUCUUCAAGAAAUACCAAGUGGCAUUACAAAAAUGUUCAACCUUCGACAUCUUCAUAUUGAAAGUGAUUCUGAUACCACUUUACAUGGUAUGCCAGGUGGGCUAGAUCAACUGACUAAUCUACAAAGGUUGUCAUUACUUCCACAAGGGCAUUUAUGGAACCAAUGGAUUCCAUUGAAUAACGAAUCCUUUUUCUUGCAUCAUAUAUCCAAUUGGAAAACUCUAGAUAUGAUGGAUAUUGGCGAUCUGCAACAUUUACCAGAUGGGUUGAAAAGCUUCACUUGUCUUCAGAAGCUUAGUAUUUCAAGAUGUUCAAAGUUGGAAUCUUUAUCGCCAGGCCUGAACCAUCUCACAUCACUUCUAAAUCUGAGUAUCGAAAGGUGUCCAAAGUUAGAAACUUCAUCUCCAGCUCUUCACCAUCUCACCUCACUUAAGCAAAUAAAAAUUUCAAGAUGUUCAAAGUUGAAAUCUUUAUCUCCAGGUCUUAACCAUGUCACAUCACUUCUAAAUCUGAGCAUUAACGAAUGUCCAGAGUUAGAAACUUUAUCUCCAGCUCUUCACCAUCUCACUUCACUUCAGCAACUAAAAAUUUCAAGAUGUUCAAAGUUGAAAUCUAUAUCUCCAUGUCUUCACCAUCUCGCAUCACUUCUAAAUCUGAGUAUUGAAGAAUGUCCGAAGUUAGAAACUUUAUCUCCAGGUCUUCACCAUCUCACCUCACUUCAGCAACUAAAAAUUUCAAGAUGUUCAAAGUUGGAAUCUUUAUCUCCAGGUCUGAAACAUCUCACAUCACUUCUAAAUCUAAGUAUCGAAAGGUGUCCAGAGUUAGAAACUUUAUCUCCAGCUCUUCACCAUCUCACCUCACUUCAACGAUUGAAAAUUGGGUUUUGCGACAAGUUAGAUAUGUCAAAUGGCGGUAGUGAUGCAACAAUUCCAUGGCAACGCUUUCAGAGCCUUUCUGUUUUGAGGUUGUGUGGCCUUCCAAAACUAGUUGCUCUCCCUGAGGGCCUUCAACAACUUACUACCCUCCAAGAAAUUAGAAUUUUCAAAUGUAAAAACUUGGAGUUUCUUUUGGAAUAUGUCAUCAACCUGAAAAAAUUAUAUGUUGUUGAUUGCCCCAAAUUGAAGUCGCUGCCUGAAGGGAUCGGUUCCCUAGAGACACUGGAGAUCAGAAAAUGUCCCAUCUUGUUGGAAAGAUGCCGAGAUGAUAUUGGGGAUUAUUGGCCUUUGAUUUCCCACAUCAAACACCUGAUUUUGUCUCCAGUUGGACGAGAAGCGGAGUUUUCAUGUGAAGGGGUUUCUCUUCUAUGGGGAGAAUCGAUUCCAAUGGAUAGCGAAUCCUUCUUCUACCAUUUAUCCAAUUUGAAAUCUUUGAAAAUCUAUGGUAUUGGGGAUCUGCAGCAUCUACCGGAUGGGUUGAAAAGACUCACUUCUCUUGAGACGCUGGAUAUUCGAAAUUGUUCAAAGUUGCAAUCUUUAUCUCCAGGUCUUUACCAUCUCACGUCACUUAAACGAUUGUAUAUUCAUCGGUGCGAGGAGGUAGAGAUGCCAAAUGAUGAUGGUAGUGAUGCAAUUAUGUGGCAACACCUUCAAAGCCUCUCUGAGUUGACGUUGCGGGGACUUCCAAAACUAGUUGCUCUACCUCAAGGGCUUCAACAACUUACUACUCUCCAAAUAAUCACUAUUCAUGGAUGUGAAAAUUUGGAGGCUGUUCUGGAAAAUAUCAGCAACCUCAAAUCGCUGAAGAAAUUAUAUAUUCGGAAUUGCCCAAAGUUGAAGUCGCUGCCUGAAGGAAUUGAUUGCCUCACGUCUUUAGAAACACUGCGAAUUAGAUGUUGUCCCAUUUUAUUGGAAAGAUGCCAAGAGGAUAAGGGCGACUAUUGGCCUAAGAUUUCCCACAUCAAACAGCUGGAGCUGGAGCCGAUAGAAGAAGAACAACACAAAAUUGAUCCGCAAGAGGAAUCCAGCUCUUCCAAAACUCGUGAUCUCUUCAAUUUUGCGAAAAUUUUCAAGCAUUGAAAUGGGAAUCCAGCUCUUCAAAAACUUGUGGGCUUUUCAAUUGUGCAAAAAUUUUCAAGCAUUAAAGAGAAGGAGGCUAAUAUUGAUGUUAGCAUGGGUGGGUGAGAGAGGACGGAGUUGAAUGAGAGAGGAGAAGUAAGUGGGGACUGAAGUGAUGGUUCAGAAUGAGAAAGCAGAGCUGAUGGCACUGCUCUUUGCAAAAAAACAAGGUUGCAGUUACUGUAAGGUGGCAGUUUUUGGGGUUCUGAAUUCGUGGCAAUACAAUGUUUCUUAGUUGAAGAUAUCAAGUUGAAAUUGAGGACCUUGGUUUUCCAAAUAAAGAGAUCAUUAUGCAGGUGAAUAUGACAGAGUUGAUGUAGAAUAUGAUGGGUGCUUACUUUUUGCACUUAAAAGAUUAACCUUCGUCUGGUGUACUUAUUGAAGUGUUACCUAAAGAGACCGUUCAUCACAAUGCUUGCCAUGAAGACCAUUAUUGCCAGAGAGUUGGAAUUAAAAUCAGUGAAAUGCUUGCUAGGGUUGAAACUCGCAUUCUUUGUGCACCAUGGGAAAAAUUUUGCGGAAAAUGAUGAAUGGUAGAAUAGAAAAUAACUGACUCUAAGGUGGCAGUUUUUGGGGUUCUGAAUUUGUGGCAAUACAAUGUCUCUUAGUUGAAGAUAUCAAGUUGAAAUUGAGGACCUUGGUUUUCCAAAUAAAGAGGUGAUGAA